GUACACUUCUUGCGUCGACUGGAUGACCGGCUCGAGUUUAUUUAUUUAUUUUUUUUUUUCCUGCGGCGGGCGGCGCUAAUUGUCGCGUUGACCUCGGCCUCCAGUCGACUACCCCGACCUUUUUUAUGCGAGCCCCCAUCGCUAGCGCCAUAACCGCGCCACCACAUCCUGCGUCACCACACACCUCGGACCGCUUGACCGUGAAAAAAACACGACGCGUGCCCGACUGGUUGGACCGCGUGUGGCUUUUAUACUCCCGUGGCAUCGGCCGACCGUGUUUGUGAGCGGUUGCCAUGGAGAUGUCGGUGACGCCCAACCCCGCGGACCCCGAAGCCCCCGCCGACAAGACCGACCAGGAGCUGCUCAGAAACUGCAGCGGCGCCGAUCCGAGCGUGCUCACCGAUGCCUCUUCGCUGCAGGACAGCCAACGCGUCAGCAAGAAGUCCCACCGGUCGGCCGCCUCGCUGCUGGUGGUCUUCCUCAACGCCCUGGUGCCGGCCAGGACCCUGGUCGAGCUCGCCACCGAGGUCCUGCUGGCCGCUCUCGCCGUCUACGUCAUCCUCUCCAUAUCCGGGGCUUUCCAGGUGGGUUCCAUUCCCGGCAUGUGGCGUCCCGCGUUCCGCUGCGACGAUCCGAGCCUGCAGUCACCGUUCCUGUCCGAGAGCGUUCGCACUCGUGACCUCGUCAUCUUCGUGGUCACCGUGCCGGUGGCCCUGUUGCUCGUAUUGGAGUUCCGCCGCACCGGCGCUCCGCUGCGCGACCGCUUCUUCUGGAGCGGACGCCUUCUGCGGCGAUACCUGGUGGGCCUGCUCUUGGUGACCACGGUAACGCAGCUGCUGAAGGACGCCGUCGCCGAGAAGCGUCCCUACUUCUUGGACGCCUGCAAGCCCGUCUUCCGGAACCAGCGGAACGCCACCCUCCUUUGCCAGGCAGCCUCAAUGGUGGCCGUUCUUCCAACUGUCACAACGGCUUCACCGCUCAUUACGGACUACGUCUGCAGCGGGCCUCCAAGAGAUGUGGUGCGGGCCUUCGACUCCUUCCCAUCGGGCCACUCGAGUGUCAGUUGUUACGUCGGAUUCUACCUUGUUGGAUACCUUGUGUGGAGGGGGGAUUCAGUGGCCCCGUCAGCAGCCCGCGUGCUUCUCGUGGCCUUGCUAAUCGCUUCAGCUGUGGCUGUGUCCCUGUCCAGGAUCGUGGAGCGAAUGCAUUUUUGGUGGGAUGUCGGUGUUGGUGGAGCAUUGGGUCUCGUUGGGGCUGUAGUGUUUGUUCUGUGGCCGUUUUCCUGAUGCUUGUUUCAGCACGACCCGAAGAAAGGGUCGUCCAGCGAUUCAUCAAGUUAUGACUUGUGAGCAGAGGCACUUGGGGUUCAGGUUCUCACCAUUCUGCAAAUUGUGGCCAAGACUGAAAUGACAUUGUUUAAUGAGCUCAUCCCUUCUGUGCAGUUGGGGCACCUGCACUGCCAGUGUGCCAUGUUUUCACUGUAGAAUCUGUUGGGCAUCGUGCACAGCAUGAAGCUAACAACUGUUGUUCUCAUAUAUGCUUCUGUAGAAUUGUUGCAUGAACAGAUGCUUGGUACUCUUGGUAACUCUCACAGAGGCAUAGUUGACAUCCACAGUGUGUGAGCAUUGUUUGAUGUCGGCAAAAUUUGAUGCACAGAACAGUAUGACAAGUUCUGUGAGCAAUUUUUGCUUAUGUACUAAUAGUAUAGAGCAGAAGAGAAUGCAUUUGUUUAGCCGUAACAUUUCUUGAUCUGCUGUUGCAGCCUGUAUGACGGGAAAAUGUUGAGGAAGACUGCUCCUUUUACAGAUAGACUUGUCUUUGAAUGGGUUGAUGAAAUAUUAGUGAAUGUAGAAGUUUGGAAUCUUUCAUGAUAAAGAUUAUAUUUUUAGCAUAAAUCUGAUCCAGCAUCGCCUAUAAAAAUUAAUGCCCGAACGGAGCUUUUGCAAGGUAGAGGCAUUACUAAUUACAGAUAGCUACACAAUUAUUACUGUGUCCAAGAUUUUCAUUCAGAGUACAAAUGAACAACCUUUUCACUGGAAUUGGUUUUCAGUGCCUCACAGUGAAUAGUGGUUGUUAUAAGAAUUUUGACACAUUUAUGCCUACACAUUUACAUGCAUUUAAUGUUAACGUUUCUAUGGCUUUAAGAGGAACACAAUGCUCAUUAUUCUUGUUCUCAACUGAGGGCAACAUAUGAAAAGAAAGUUCGCUAAGUGCAAUAUUUUAUAUAGAUUGCGCCAUAUAUUCAUACAUCCUCCAGUUGGCAUUUAUAGAGGCCAAAAGAUGUGGUAGCCAGUUGGAAAGUGCCACACCUUCACCAACUGACUUGAUGUACAUUUUACAAGUUGGAGUUCCUGGCUUUUCAUGAACUUUAUAUGCUUAAUUCACUUCUUCAUAAGCCUUUCAUAAAACCAGUUAUCAGUGGCCUUGAAUGUUCAAUGCUUUAAGCAGACCUACUGGGCUACGAGUUGCCAAUCAUAUCUUGCCAAACUGAAAUUUGCUGUGAUGCAUAAGCAUUUAUUUUGCCUUGAGCAUUCCUAUAUUCUGCAGAGUUUAAUGUAUUGUCUGUUAUUCUGCUUGUGGAUAUCAUUGUGGCUUUUACGAAAACACGUGUUUCAAGUGCCAAAAUAUGCAAUUGUUGGUGUUUAUACAGCAUUUAUUUUACAUGUUCUAGUCUUCCCUGCACAAGUUAAGAUCAACUAGAAUUGUUCCAGAAUUGAUCGUCUGAUGUAUCGUGUAGCACUGUACAUAGCAGCUACCUUUUCAAAGGAAUAUUUACCAUGCGCGAUGCAGCUGUCUAGAAGCCUUACACUUUUAGAGUUGCUUUUGUUCUACAUCUUUGCAAAUGCUAAUGUACAGGAGCUUAAAUGUAUUGCGAGCCUUGAACAAGCAAAUACUUUUUUUUUUUCGAUUGCGCAAUACUUGUCAAUUAUGUUCUCUAAGACAAUGCAUUCACUUGUUCCAAAUAACUUUGUUACCUUUUCUUGAUGUCAUCAACAAUUUUUGUCAAGGAAUUGGUAAUUUACUUGGCAAUGAUUUUUCAUAAACGUGCAAGAAAGUAUUUUUGAGUACGCAAAGGUAUAAAGAGUAUACAUUUUGGAGGGAUUUGGCAUUUGCCUUAACAAUUGGUGACAAGCAUUAGACAAUCUUGUACAUGAACAUGUUCAUAAGGGACCAACCAAUCGUGAGCUUACUUCUUGACUCUACCUUCUCAAAUUCCUGCCAUUUUCUAGCAUAGCAAUACAAAAUUGAUAUAAAUUGCAAAAGUUCAAACAGCUGUUCUGCCUGGAAAGAAAGCUGAGGGAUGUGUUGCUGUACUUGUUGCUUGUAUAGGUACAUCUGCCAUAUCAGCAGCACCCAAGGUGCCUGUCUUUCAAGUAAAACAUAGCAUUUGUUCUUGGCUGCUGUGGGCACGUACGACGUGCAGGUUGACACAAGUCUGAGAGUUCCUGGAUGGCUUUUGCUUACUAUUUCAGUGGUUCUCUGCUUUUUAAAGGUAACAGCUUAGAAGUGCAAAGAAUAUACCAUGCUGAGAUACAUAUCACCAUGCCUUUUCUCAUGGAUUGCAGCAUGCAAAGGGCAAAUUCUGCACCUUUUUUUUUUUUUUUUUUAUCGUGUGCACCGAUGUUCAUGCUCAGUCGUUGUCUUAGUCAAUAGAAUAUUUUAUUUAUAUAUAUAAAAAAAUGUGCAGUGUUGCUCGGGCCUUUCCUUUUGUAUGGCAGGUAGGUAUUUUCUGUUGUACAAACUGACUACCAAAUGUAAUAUUGUUUUUCAUAUUGCUACCUAGUCAAUAAACACGUUUUGGUGUUA